GCCUCUGUGUUCAUUGUAUGAGUUAUUGUAAUCUUUCAUGCUUAGAGUUCACAUGUUUCAUUCAAAACUUCUCUGCAUGGUUUGAGAAAACCCUAAUUUCCUCAAAAAGUUUUCAAUGGCGAAGAGGAUGGCUACCAGAAGGGAGCUUUUGGAUCGUUGGAGAGGCAUCCAAGAGGAAGAUGAGGCCUCUGGCUUGGAUCCGUCUAAGCAGCGUCAUCUUCUUAAGGCCAAAGAAGAAUGGUUUUCUGAUGCCUUCAACCUUUUGAUAUCUUUAUCGAAGGAAAAUCAUAUCUGGUGUGGGUCAUGGGAGCUAAUGGGACCUCUUUUGGAAACCUUCUACAAUUAUCCAAAGGAUAAAUGCAAUGAUUCUCCUCUCAAGCUUCUAUGGUUUAGACUUUCUCAAGAAAUGCAGCAAUGCAUACAAUGCAUUUGUCAGCAUCAUCAAGCUCAGGAAUUGUAUAAUGCUGAGUAUGAAUCAAGUACCAUUAGCCCUCUUCUUAGCAUCCUGCGAAGUCUGGAUGAAGAAAGGGUGACUCAACACCUUAAAGAGAUUAAUGCAAAGGUAGCCAGCGGGGUAUAUGAUCCUGAGCUGCACAAUGCUGAAGUUGUCAGUAUCAUGUAUGAGGUGUUGAUGUUCCCUGGCUUAUUAGAUGAUGAAUCUUUGGUCACUGAAUUUCAAACAGUAAUUGAAGCAAUUGAUGAUUCUCAUGAACUGAGUUUGGCCGGACAUCAGCAGUAUCCGGGUGUUUAUGCGCUUCUUUUUCUUAAAAGUAGAAGAACUCGUGCUAUUGGUUACCGCCUUGCUGGUUACAUGGGGAAAUUGAGGAGAGCAGCAGAUUUGGAACCUUUGCAACCAUUACUCAAGAAAUGUAUUGGUCUUUUAGAAACAGAGGUUUUGCCAUCAACAUUGGAGACUUCAAGGCCAAGAGUACAGGUUGAGCGUAUCACUGUAUGGCUUGGAAUCAAAGCAUUGCUUGGUUUUUUAGAACCUCCAGCAUUUGAAGAAGGAAUAUUGGAACGAUAUCCUAUUUUUCUCAGUAUUGUACUCAACCAUGUCAGUGACGAUUCACUUGAAUUCAGUUAUGCGGUUAACUGCUUGAGACUACUGUUUGAAAUGCUUGGAUGUAAGCUUUGGUUGAGGACGUCAUUGUCACCAAGUGUUAUGCGCAACACACUAUUGGGUCAGUGUUUCCAUACUCGAAAUGAGAAAAGCCAUAAAGAAAUUUUUGAUCUUUUCCAGCCAUUCCUGCAGUCCCUUGAAGCAUUGCAAGAUGGGGAGCAUGAAAAGCAGCGCAGACAUUUUCUCUAUUUUCUCCUUCAUCAAGUAACUGUCAGUAGUAACUUCAGUAUUUUAAUGAGGAAAAAGGCUUGCCAGAUAGCCCUUCUCAUUGUGCAUCGAGGCUAUAAAAUGAACCCGCCAUGCCCGCCUUCUGAGUGCGCACUUAUGUGGGGACCUUCUUUGUUGUGUUCUCUGAAGGAUUCAUCGCUUCAUAAUUCUCUUCGACAACCCGCCUUUGAUCUUAUUCAGACUAUUAUAGUCUUGGAUGCUGCUGCUCUGAUUGCUUUGUUGUUUGAGUGUCACACUCCACUGGAUGUUGAUACCAGCAUGUCUGCUGAUGUCAUUGACGAUGAAGAUGAGCUUCUGUUUUCUCAAGAAGUUGAGGAGAGAGAAAACAGUUGUUGGAGUGAAUUUAGUGGCCAAAACAAACUUACCUCUCGGGAUUGUAGAGAUUGGAUGUGCAUUCCCUUGUUAUGGUUUGAUGUUUUGGUAGAGGUUGAUCCUUCAGUUCUUCCCAUAUCGUUUUCUAAGGCUGUUGUCUGGGCUUCAUCCCGUUUCUCUAUGAUACAGCCUGAAGAUGGUAAUGUGGCACUAUCUGUUAGAGAUUGGUUGUCAUCCUAUGCUGGAACUAUUUCAGCUUCUUUUGAGUGGGAGAUUCCUAAUGGUUCUGAUCAUGGUGGAGAUGGAAAGGAGUCAAAAAAUUCAGUCAAAGCAUCAACAAUGUGCAUUACACUAAUAAAAGCAUUCAAAAGGUUUUGUGCUCAUUUUGUUAUUCAGAUGGAGCAAGGAGAACUCUGGAAGCAGUGGACAUGGGAACCAAGAAUGGCCGAGAGCUUGAUCCUAUUGCUUGUUGAUCCAAAUGAUAUUGUAAGGCAAGUUGAUAGGCUUAUCCUGGAACAAGUUUCAAACACACGAGGUCUUGCUUCUGGUUUGCAGUUCCUUUGCUCCAGUGCAUCUUCUCUCUCUGCCAUUUAUUUGGGAUUGAGACAUGCAUUCAAACUAGUCCAGCUGGAUUGCGUUUUAGCAAAGUUUCAGAAUUUACAUCAUUUCUUCUUUGUCCUACGAAAACUUCUCAAAGAUGCAGUUGUGGAUCCCCAAUCUUCAACAGACAAUCCAGUUGAUAGCUCAAACCUCUCUAAGUUUUCGUCCUCGGGCGGAUUUUUGCGGCAGCCUGAUUUUGAUGCUUUAUCUGCCAAUAUUCAUCAACACCCAUUAAAUUCUCUAGAUAGUAAAUGUUGGGAGAAGUUCUGCUGCUUAGCAUCCGAAAUUUCAUGGCCUGCUAUAAGAAAAUGCUUGGUGGAAGGGAAGGCAUUUAUAGAUAAUAAAAGCUCCCUGAUGACUUUUGUUCGUUUGCUUGAGAUCCUUCCGGUUAUUUUUGAACGGCUUGAAUCAUCUAUUUUUAAGCUGUCUGGGAGUUCUAGCACCAUGGAGCAAAACAAUUUGGAUUUAAAUUGGCUACAUGAUUUGAUGGACUGGGGAAAGUCAUCACUUGUGGUUAUAAAUAGAUAUUGGAGGCAGACAUUACGUUCUUUGGUACAUUUACUCAAGGUUUCUUGCGAUGGUAAUUCUGAAAGGACAAUCAAGGCCAUUGAAAAACUUAUCUCAUGUGAUAGCAUCCUGAUAGAUGAAUUGAAGAGACAAUUUUCACAAUUAUCUGUCUCACUAUCACGUAAUUCUGAUUGUGCUGUGGGAAGCAAAACCUUGGCUGAACUGCCUUCUCCCAAAAGUUUGAAUUCUGGUGGGAUAUCUUUAGCUUCAGAUACAGAGCCUUCCCCAUUGCAGGCCAUAGAUUUGCAAGUAGUGGAGUCGGUGUCAGUGGCCAAUAACAGGUGUAGAGAUGAUCUAAUUGUUCUUUCAGAUGAUGAGGAGGGGGAGAAAGUUUCUCCUGAUGCAGUCAUUUUAUCUCAUGGCAAGUCAAGCCUUUUGAUGUUGGGGGGGAAGACCAUAGUUCCAAGUGUUGAAAACGGCAGUUUGCAGGAUAAUGGUGGAAGCAGUUCUAUUUAUUCUGUUAGCAUUUCAAAGAGCUUACAUGGGGCUUUCAAGUUUAAAGAUGCUGCAGAAAAUGCUGGGGUUGCUUCUCAAAAGCAUAAUCGUGAUGCAUCCUUGGGCAAACUUGCUUCUGCUGCCCCUUCGCAAGCUGAAGUUGAUAUGAGACAAGAAAAAAUCUCUUCAUAUCUCAACAAUGCUCCCCCAUUUCUGAAUAAAUCUGAUUCUGUUCACAAGAAUUCAUUAGAUAGUAUUGAGGAGAAGGCAUCGAGAAGCAAACUAGCCUCUACCUCCCUUCAUCAAUCACAAGGUGUUGAUGGAAAUAGAAAAGGAAAUAUGUCUGCCUUUAAUUUAGAUAGUGCUUUCCAAUCUCAUCAGAAACCAGAUUCUAUUCCCAAGAGCUCAUCAGGUAAAAUCUUGGAUCAGGUGUGUUUGAUAGGGAAUGCUAGAACUCAUAUGGAUCCGGAAACAAGGGAUACUGUCAUAACGGAGUUAGUACGUGAUUCUGAAGAUGAUCCAUUUGAGCUUGCACUCAAAUCUGCCAUACAUCCGCUGUCAUUAUUGACAAAGCCAAGUACAGUUGUUCCUAGAAGGAAAGUCAUGCAACUCCAAAUGCCUGUAGAAAACAAAUCUGGUUAUCUACAAAGGCUGGAUGGUAGAAGUAAAAGGUUGAAGCGUCCGAGGCUGGAUGACUGGUACAGACCAAUUUUAGAAAUUGAUUACUUUUCAACUGUGGGACUAUCAUCGAAAAAUAAGGACGAGAAUCCGACAGCAACAAAAUUGAAGGAGGUGCCUGUCUGUUUCAGUUCACCUGAACACUAUGUGGAAAUUUUUCGGCCUUUAGUUUUGGAGGAGUUCAAAGCUCAACUACAUAGCUCCUUUUCAGAGGCAUCUUCAUCAGAAAUGUGCUGUGGAAGUGUAUCUGUGCUGUCAGUUGAAAGGGUUGAUAACUUUCAUCUAAUUCGCUGUGUUCCUGACAAAAGUGACUUUGCCACAUCUAGAGGCUUGUCAGAGAAUGACCUCGUUUUGCUUACAAGACAGCCCCUGCAAAAUUCUGCCCAUGACGUUCACAUGGUUGGGAAGGUGGAGAGACGUGAGAGAGACAAUAAGAGAAGGUCAAGUAUCCUAGUUAUUAGGUUUUUUCUGCAAAAUGACUCUUUGCGUUUCAAUAAAGCUAAAAGGCUCCUCAUUGAAAGAAGCAAAUGGUAUGUAAGUCGCAUUAUGAGCAUAACACCUCAACUACGAGAAUUCCAGGCACUCUCAUCUUUAAGUGAUAUCCCUAUACUUCCAAUUAUAUUGAAACCCACCAGUCACUCUCUUGGUCAUCAUGACUGUAAAAGUUUUGAUUUGGGUAAGCUAACACAACCCUUGCAGCGAAUACUUAAGUCAUCAUUCAAUGAUGGCCAGCUCCAAGCUAUCAGUGAUGUCAUUGGAACACAUGGCUCAGAAAAAGAAUUUGAAUUGUCUCUCAUCCAAGGUCCUCCAGGUACCGGGAAGACUCGAACCAUUCUUGCUAUUGUCAGUGUAUUGCUUGCUCUACCUCCUCAGCAGAAGAAUGAUAAGUCGAAGUUGCAAAAUAGCUGUCUGAGACCAAGCAGUAUUUCAUGUAACAAUACAAGAAUCAGCCGGUCUACAGCAAUUGCAAGGGCUUGGCAGGAUGCGGCCUUAGCUAGACAACUGAACAAGGAGGUCGAGAAGAAUUCUAAAUCAGUUGAAAGUUCUGGUGGAGUAAGGGUGCUCAUUUGUGCACAAUCUAAUGCUGCAGUCGAUGAGCUGGUUGCAAGAAUAUCUAAUAUUGGCCUUUAUGGAAGUGAUGGGAAGGUGUACAAGCCUUAUCUGGUAAGGGUUGGAAAUGCAAAAACUGUUCACCCAAGUUCACUUCCCUUCUUUGUUGAUACUCUAGUUGACCAACGUUUGGCUGAAGAGAAGAUGAGUGGAAGUGUCGCCAAGAAUGAUGUGAUCGGAGACUCUUCAAUGGUACUUCGUUCUCAUCUGGAGAAAAUCGUCGACCAGAUUAGGUUCUAUGAAGCUAAGCACUCUGAAUUGAGGGAUGGGAGUUUGGACCCCAAAAAAUCUUCCGAAUGCAUGGCACCAACUGAGGAUGAUGGCCAGGUACUCUCGUAUGCAACAAUAGGGACAAAGCUGAAGAGACUUUACGAGCAGAAGAAAGAAAUUUAUAUAGAUCUUGCUGCAGCACAGUCUCGUGAAAAGAAAUCCACAGAAGAAAUCAAAGCUCUCAAACAUAAGCUACGGAAAUCUAUUUUAGAGGAAGCCGAGAUAGUGGUGACCACACUGAGUGGCUGUGGUGGUGAUCUGUAUGGAGUUUGCUCUGAAUCUCUAUCGAGUCAUAAAUUUGGGAGUUCAUUUGAACACACAUUGUUUGACGCUGUUGUGAUUGAUGAAGCUGCUCAAGCUCUGGAACCAGCUACUCUGAUUCCUUUCCAGCUUCUGAAAUCAAAUGGGACCAAAUGUAUAAUGGUCGGUGAUCCAAAGCAACUUCCUGCAACAGUGCUCUCUAACAUUGCCAGCAAAUAUCUUUAUGAGUGCAGCAUGUUUGAGCGUUUACAAAGGGCUGGUCAUCCUGUUGUCAUGCUUACUGAACAGUAUAGGAUGCAUCCGGAGAUAAGCCAGUUUCCUUCCCUGCAUUUUUAUGAAAACAAAUUACUAAAUGGAGAUCAGAUGGGCAGUAAAUCAGCAUCAUUUCAUGAGAGUGCAUAUCUUGGACCAUAUGUAUUCUUUGACAUUAUUGAUGGCCAGGAACAUCAUGGGAAGAACUCUGGAUCAUUAUCUCUCUAUAAUGAGUGUGAGGCUGAUGCUUGUGUUGAAAUUUUAAGGUUUUUAAAGAAGAGGUACCCACCAGAGUUUGUUGGUGGAAGAAUAGGAAUUAUUAGUCCAUAUAAAAGUCAGGUUUCUCUUCUGCGUUCUCGUUUUUCUAGUGUAUUUGGACCUAGUGUCACUGCUGAUAUGGAGUUCAACACUGUGGACGGUUUUCAAGGCCGUGAGGUCGAUAUACUCUUGCUUUCUACAGUGAGAGCUUCAGCUUCGAGUAAUAAAGAUCCUGGGAUCAACUCGAGCACUAUAGGCUUUGUUGCUGAUGUAAGGCGGAUGAAUGUUGCUUUGACAAGGGCCAAGCUCUCCUUGUGGAUUUUCGGUAAUGCAAGUACGCUGCAGACAAACCAAAACUGGGCUGCUCUUCUCAAGGAUGCUAAAAAACGGUUUCUGGUUAUAUCUGUUGCAAGGCCCUAUGAAUACCUGUUUAGGAAGCCUUUAUCAGCUUCUAGUAAAAAGCCUAUCUCAUCCCGUUCUGAUUCUCAUUGGAAAGAUCCAAAGCAGAGGGAAAAGAUCAAAGAAACCAGUAACUCUAUUGAGAAAAGUAUUAGCAGUUCCAAGGAAACGACAAAAAGGGAAAUAAAAAUUGUAAGCACUGAUACUGGAAGACCGACAAGCAGAAUCGGAGAUGAUGGAAACCAUAAUUUUUCGAAAAGAAGGGAGUGCUCAUCUGAUAUAAUUUCAGAAAGUGAAAACAGAUCCUUGAAGGGUGCAAAGUCAAUCAGGACUGAAAAGCGGACAGAUGUCAAAGAAAAAAAAAAGAAUGGGCAGAAGCAAAUUAACCUUGACGGUGAUUUGCACAUUGUGAAGGUGAAAGCCACAUGUGAAAACCCAGGAAGUGAGAACAUUCAAUCCCAUAAACAUGAGGAAUCAGAUUCCAGAGACAGAACUUUGAACUUGAAAGGGUUAAAGGGAGUGGUGGAAUCUUCUAAGCAUGAUUCUGCUGAUGCACCCAAAGAUUUAAAAGAAACAAGAAAGCAGCAACGUGAUGCUGUUGAUGCUCUUCUAUCUUCUGCUUUGAUACCUUCAAAGAAGCCUGAAACAUCAUCGAAGUCUGCUCCUGUUAAAAGGCCACUUUCCCCUACCACCACUGGUAGAGGCACCAUCAGACCUCCCAAGUCGAGGAAAGGUUCGUCUUCAAGAACUAGGAACUUGGAUGAAGAAUGGAAGUGUUUCAAGGAUUUGCUUGGAAAUGGUCAGCCACCAUGUUAAUGACAUUUGAUCAACCGCCCUGCCUUUUAAUGC